AUGCGUGCCACCAGGAGAACGUUGGUGUCCAUUGCAAUCUGGCUGGUACUGCUGCAACUCAGCGGCAUAGGGAGCAAGGAGAGCUGCUACUACAUAUACUUCACCCAUGCCAACUGGACGGAUGACCGACCGCGGUUCAUUGUGAACAUGACAUUCUCCAACCAAAGCGGCAUUGCCUCCGUGACCACCAUCAACGAGGAGAUAGCAUCGCCUGUGUCCCGCAUCCUGAUCCUCCAGCAUUCGGCCAAGGAGAAGGCUCGCACCAUCUACAAUGCCACCAUGAAGCUGUGCGAUCUGCAGAAUGUCAUGAACUCGGUGCCGCUCUUCAAGCCCGUCAAGGACAACAUGCUGAAGCAGAGUAACUACUCCAUGAGCUGUCCCCUAGUCCCUGGCACCUACAGCAUGGGCAACAUGAAGGUCAGUCCCAAGAAUCCGCUCCUGGGACUCCUCUACCAGCCCAAGCACACCUUCUCCGUGAAGGGUGGUCUGUUUGAGGAGCUGGGCUCCAAGGGUCGCUUGAGACCCCUGUCCACGUAUUUUAUGGCAGGGAAGGUGGUCAAGAGAUCGUGUGGGGCCAAUGAAUGA